AUGGCAUUCCCUGAUUGUUCAAUCACCGAUACGAUUUACAGAGGAGUUGACCUCGGGAAUAUUACCAGACAGGUUCCUGAACCAGCAUGGGGCUUGGCUAGUCCCUUUGGCAGCUACAACUAUUGUUAUAUGCCCCAUCCUCGCAGAGACCAAUAUGAUCCUGUCGAGAAUGGUAAACUGCUUUAUGUUGAGUAUAUCCAACGACAUCAAAAGCGCACACCUUACAAUUUAAUCCCUGUUGAUGCAUUCUUUUGCGAAGGGAGCUAUCAAUUAACCGGGAGCCGGCCUCCCAACUCAAACGCACCAGCCGCUCAUCUCAUUAUCGAAACUCCAACGAACGAAUUCACUGACAUUAGUGGCACUUGCCAAUAUCCUCAAUUGACUGCAGGUGGGCUGAUGGAUGCAGAACAACACGGAAGAGAUUUGUGGGGGGUUUAUGGGGAGCUGCUUGGGCUAUUGCCGGUCGAGCCUGGAUGUGAUCAAGUAAAGCAUCGUGCUUCAAACUCUCGUUUGACUGAAGCAACUGCAAAUGGUAUCAUGCGAGGUAUUUGGACUUCUCAAUUUGAUCUUCCGCUCUACCAACAGCCCGCAGACUAUGACACCGUGAAUGCGGGGUUCUCGUGCCCUAAACGUGAUGCAUUGAAAAAAGACCAGAGAAAGACUCAAGCGUGGAAUGACCAUUUGAACGAAAUGCAACCGGUUCUGACCAAACUGAAUCAAACAUUCGACGGGAUAGCUACUGGCGAGUGGGCAGCCAGCUUUGAUCACUUUUGUGACAACUUCCAAGCCAAGCUCUGUAACGGGUACCCGCUUGAUCUGGACAGUUAUGUCGUUGAUCCUGUUUUCAACGCUGGCGAUUGGGAAUGGAACUACUAUUGGACUUCUCAAAAUGCUACCGACUAUAUCAAAGCUACGUCCGGGCCGUUCAUUGCCGAAAUCAUCGAGCGCUUACAGCAUCGCGCCAAAGGUUUGGUGUUCAGUCACACAUUUGCCCACGACGACGACAUUGGCCCCCUGAGCGGCGCCCUGGGCAUUCAAACAUUGCGAUGGCCCGGUAUGGGCUCUAAUAUCGCCAUAGAAGUGUGGUCUGUGAACAACCAACAAGUCGUUCGUGUGCUGUACUGCGGGGCCCCAAUCCGCAGCCGGUUUGGGUAUGGGGACGGAAUACCCCUUGGCGAAUUUGUUAGCAAGUUUAGCGAGUACGCACUGGUGGACAAAGGCUGGUGCGAAUAG